UAUUAUUAUUUCCAAAUGAUAAUACCCUUUAUGUGACGUGUGAAUUUAUUUAUGUAUGUCUUUUUAUCUACAUGUAAAUCUUAUUAUAGGUUUAUUGUUUUUGUUUGUUCAUUGGAUAUGUUUGGACGACAAGUGUUACGUAAUAGCAGGUGCUAAGUCUUGGUCUUAUUUGCUAAAUUUAACUGUCCUGUGUUAUGCAAAAAUUUUAACCAAUCAGAGCAGCCCCAUAGGUCGCUAUUUGUUUGUCUCUGGGUCAAUGUUCUAUUUUUAAAUCGAUUCUGAGAAUUUGUUAGGAUUCGACCAAUCAGCGUGGCUUCUCAUAUCACGUGACUUUGUUGUUUGUUUGUAAAUUAGAGGAGAAGCCACGCUCAAAUAGGCUUAGAAUUAUUUUCGACAAAAAGUUGACAUACCGAUAAUGUAACCGCCUACAAGUAGGACUCAUUUCUAAAGACAGUUUUAGGAAGGAUUUCUUCCCCUUUAUCAAUUAAUCAUGCCACCAAAGAGAGGACAGAAGUCCCUUGGCCCCCCAGCAAACAAAAGACGGAGGUUGGCCAAUCCUACCAGAGAAAGCACGGACAUACAGACUGUAACAGCCGUACAACCCCAACCUUCAGCUAUUGACUAUGAUAAGUUGGCCCUGGCUAUUAUUAAACACUCCACCCCAGUGAAUGAGGUAGAAAACUCAGUGCAGCAGGAAGUCCCAUCGACUGGUCGACCAAUGAACACUGCGAAUCGAGAGUCAACCGCUACGGCCAAUACCACUAAUCAAACUUCAGCCAUCUUAGGCCCUUCAUCUGUCCAACCAGAGGAUCAGACGGCCAAUGUGUCUGCUGCAGGAUUAAACGCCCUUCUUGACAGUGUAUUCACAGGAAGCUUUCCAGGUAGCUCCACACCUCAACCUCACACAGACCAAAGUACCGCACAGACUUUUAGUCAUUUGACACCAAUUAGCAAAAAGCUCUUAGCAUCUGCUUUGUCCACCUCUUCUGCAAUGGCAUAUCGCAGAAGUUGGAAUCUUUUAUUGGGUUGGAAACCUCAACUUUCACUUCCAAUUUCAGUAGUUGAUGUAUGUAACUUUAUUGGCCAAUUAUUUAUUGAUAACUAUUCUCCCAGCACCAUUUUCUCACAUAUAUCAGCCAUCAGUUAUGUACACAAAAUUUUCAAUUUACCUGACCCAACACAAGCCUUUGUGACAAAAAAAAUUUUAAAAGGUUGUCAGGCCAUUGGCCAGAGAAAAGAUACCAGAUUGCCCAUAACUGCCCCGAUCCUUCAAAAAUUACUUUCCGCUUUAGAACACACUGUUUCACAGUACCCCACCAGGCUUCUGCUCCGUGCAGUUUUUCUCUUAGCUUUCCAUGCAUUCCUCAGAUUAGGAGAAAUUACAGUUAAAUCUCUAAAAUCCAAGCAUCAAGUAUUGCAGAGGUCAGAUGUCACAUUCAAUCAAAGUUCAUUAAGUGAAGUACAAAUCAUUAUGAGGGACUACAAAACAAAUAAACAUAAAUCCCCACUUAUUAUUUCAAUCCAAGCAGGUCCAGAUUCUGCUUAUUGCCCAGUAAAAGCACUACACAAUUACCUGCAAUUGUUUCAACACACAUCAGGCCCGUUAUUUCAAACUUUGGAUGGCCUACCAAUCACAUACUCUAUGAUUACCUCCCAUCUUAGAUCCGCCAUUCAAUUUAUUGGUCUUAGCACGGAACAUUUUAAGGGCCAUAGUUUCAGAAUUGGGGCAGCAACACAUGCAGCUUCUCUAGGUUUCUCAGACCAAGUCAUUCAAAAAUUAGGUCGGUGGAAUUCUGAUGCUUUUAAACACUACAUUCGGAUACAGUCAUUUAAACUCUGAUCAUUUUAUUAAACCUCAAUUGCAGUGUAUUCUUAUAAUCUACAGUACAGAAGUUUUCUGCUGUCCCUUGUAGGUUCAUUAUUAUUAUUAUCAAGUCAGUACAGAAGUUUUCUGCUGUCCCUUGUAGGUUCUUUAUUAUUAUCAAUUCAGUACAGAAGUUUUCUGCUGUCCCUGUUAGGUUCAUUAUCAUCAUCAAGUCAGUACAGAAGUUUUCUGCUGUCCCUGUUAGGUUCAUUAUCAUCAUCAAGUCAGUACAGAAGUUUUCUGCUGUCCCUGUUAGGUUCAUUAUCAUCAUCAAGUCAGUACAGAAGUUUUCUGCUGACACAUUUUCCCCCAUCAUUUUGUUACUGAUGUUGCUUUGCUGGCCGCCACGUUUAUGUACUGUACAAUAUGAUAUUGCUUUUAGUCUUGACAAUGUACUUCACAUGCUUUUUAUAAUUUUUCUGUCACCAUGAUACAGUGUCAAUUCAUCAGAACACUGUGUCGUGAUGAUAAAUGUUUAUACUAUGUACGGUAUAUAAUUGGACAUUGUUAGCGAUGUGGCUUUGCUAGCCAUCACGUUUAGCAAAAACUGCAAAAUGUGAGAUUGAUGUGACAUGACAAUGUAUUUUACAUCCUUUGUAUCGUUUUUCUGUCAACAUGAUACUGUGCCAUUUAUUAGAACUGUGUGUCCUGAUGAAAUAUACUUUUGAUGUUGCUAAUCCUUUGAAUAUGUUUAUGUCUUAUGUUACAUGAACUUCCCUGUAGUAGUAUAAAUUAUUGUAAACCAAAGAACAAAGACUACUUGUUGGUACAGAAAUAUUCUGCUUUCAAGUUAUAUGUACUUUCUUGCUACUUUUAAUUACAAGUUAUACCCUAUAUGUCUAAUAUUUUGUUUGGUAUAACCCUACUCCUGGGUCUGUAAAUUUUGUAUAUAUGUUCCUACUUUAUUUCGUUUUAACAAACAACUUUUAUUUCUUAACGUUAUUAUUAGCCAAAACUCCUUUGGGUGGGGGGAUCCAAUUUGCAAUUGGAUUGUGGCGUUUUUUAUAUUUUGUAUAUCCCACCCUUUUUUGAUGAUUGGCCUAUCAGGGCCAUACUUUUCUAUGUUUUUUAUGUAGGGGGUCAGAUGCUAUAUUAUAUGUUGCCAAAUAUUUUGAAAAUGUAUCAGCGGUGUUUUUCUAGUCCCGUCUGACCCCCUCAAUAUUUACUGUUUUUUAGAUAUUCGUCAUUUAUUUGAAUAAAUGGCCUAUUUUCAUCUUCAACUAUGUUAUGUGUUUCUAUUUUCAUCAAAAAAUCUAGUGCAGUCGUCUUGUCUCUUAAUAACAAAGGAACAUAAAAUAGUUAUUAUUAUUUCCAAAUGAUAAUACCCUUUAUGUGACGUGUGAAUUUAUUUAUGUAUGUCUUUUUAUCUACAUGUAAAUCUUAUUAUAGGUUUAUUGUUUUUGUUUGUUCAUUGGAUAUGUUUGGACGACAAGUGUUACGUAAUAGCAGGUGCUAAGUCUUGGUCUUAUUUGCUAAAUUUAACUGUCCUGUGUUAUGCAAAAAUUUUAACCAAUCAGAGCAGCCCCAUAGGUCGCUAUUUGUUUGUCUCUGGGUCAAUGUUCUAUUUUUAAAUCGAUUCUGAGAAUUUGUUAGGAUUCGACCAAUCAGCGUGGCUUCUCAUAUCACGUGACUUUGUUGUUUGUUUGUAAAUUAGAGGAGAAGCCACGCUCAAAUAGGCUUAGAAUUAUUUUCGACAAAAACCCUCCAUCCACCCCUUUCUUCCACCUUAUGUUUUAAUUUAACUUUAAUUAUGUUUGCGUUUUUUAUAUUUUGUAUAUCCCACCCUUUUUUGAUGAUUGGCCUAUCAGGGCCAUACUUUUCUAUGUUUUUUAUGUAGGGGGUCAGAUGCUAUAUUAUAUGUUGCCAAAUAUUUUGAAAAUGUAUCAGCGGUGUUUUUCUAGUCCCGUCUGACCCCCUCAAUAUUUACUGUUUUUUAGAUAUUCGUCAUUUAUUUGAAUAAAUGGCCUAUUUUCAUCUUCAACUA